ACCGCUUGGGGAGCUCAGUAUUUCCAAAGCAGCCGUGGAGAUCAGAGCAAAGAGAGAUGCUCCAGUGAGCUGAUUCUACAAACAAGGGGAUUUCUGAAAAGAGACUAGCUGGUUUUUAUUUAAAAGCUUUUUUUCCCCCCAUAGGAUUAGAGUCAAAAUUAUUAUUUUUUUCUUUCUCGGGGAAACCGUUUUGAUAGCUUUUAAAAUGUUUUCUUUAUAUAUCUCCUGAUUUAACUUCAAAUUAUUUAUGUGAGACAUUUUAUAUGUUUCUUUCAUUAUUUUAUCUGAGAAUCUUUUUCUUAAACAGGAGAAUUUUUAGACCUUUUUUCUCUCUUUUCUAAUUUUUUUUCAACAGAUUUUUGCUGAGUUUUUGAAAAUCCCAAAUGAUAAAAUUGCUGAAUUACUACUGCAAACUAAAGAGAGAAUAAAGCUAUGGUAUAGGAUUGAAGAUUUAUUCAUUUUCUAUCAGAGAGAAAAACAAACUUCAUUCUGAAACAGAAUCAUUAGUGCUUUCUAAUUUGGACUGUUUGAAAAUGCAUUUCUUUUUUUCAAAAAAGUAAUCAAACUUUUUUUUCCAUUUCCCAAAAGAAAGUGGAUUCUUAAAAGUCGAUCCAUAUUGAAUUAUUCGUAUUGCUAUUGGAAGGGGGAACAGAUGUCUUAAAAGAAGGAUUUGGAAUUCCAAAAAGAUUCAGAGAAUUCCAGAACUAUUCAGAAUUUAGGGAUUCGGAAUUCUGUAUUGUCCGUCAAAAAUAAAUAAAUCUGGGACUCUCAAAAUGGACUCUUCCUUUACCGCAAAAAUCUGGACUUACCUCCUAGUGGCUAAUUUGCUAUCGCUCUGGACUCUGGUCACAUUGACUCGCAACUCUAAGGACCUAGAAAUGGACCUGGACGUUCUAUCCAAUCAGACGCUAGCUCCGGAGUACUCCGAGGUCACCCUAGCAACCCCUGGCAGCAGCAACGACCCCACGGUCAUGCCCCUUGGCAGCCGUUGUCGCGGUUACUACGAUGUCAUGGGCCAAUGGGACCCUCCAUUUAACUGCAACCUGGGUGUUUACUUGUUCUGCUGUGGGACUUGUGGCUACCGGUUCUGCUGUCAGUAUAGUCCCAAUCGCUUGGAUCAAACAGCCUGUUCUAACUACGACACCCCCAACUGGGCUAAUACCGGCAAACCCCCAACGCCAGCGAAUGAGAUCCAUGAGGAACAGGAUAAAGACAAGACCAACAUGAUCGUUUAUAUCAUCUGUGGAGUGGUCGCUGUGAUGGUGCUGGUGGGGAUUUUUACUAGACUGGGUCUGGAGAAGGUGCAGGGACCCCAGACUGACCUGAACACAACCAGGGCUCUGACGGAUCUUCUCAAGCAGCCUGGGACAGUGACUGUGGACCAGAUAGGACUGGAGAGAACUGUGGCCUGUGUCCAGGUUCCUAUGGGAGGCAAUGGAGUGACGGGAAUGUCUGAGAGAACAAUGCCGAACAGCGUAGAUCACGGGCAUUUAAACAACGCAAAUCUGGGAUUGAUGAGGGCGCAUAAUAACCUCACCACUUCCAUAUCAAUUCCUGGGUCGCCCUUUAACAGAUACACCUCACUCAAAGCAGUGGAAACGGCCGGCAGCCAAUACUACAAGCACUACCCAAUGGCAUCCCGGGCCCCUCAGCCGAAGCCAAUUGGACUGCACCCUAAGGACAAGCCCCUCCUCCAGGCCCAAGACCUACAUGCCCCAUUGGCUGCUGCGCUAAGCCCCUCCCCCCAGCCCAAGUCCAAGGUUUCCAAGGUGACACAUCCCCUGACCUCAAACUCCGCCUUCAAAGCCUGGGACACCGCCCACAACCACCCGCAUCAGCAGCCCCGUCCCCAGCAUCAACAGCAGAACAGGCGUCAGGCGUUCAACCACAAACGUCAGUUCAGUAUUGAGAACCUGCCUGAGCUUUUUAACCAGCCCUUGGGGUACGGGCGCCCCCCAAUGCAGCCUGCCCAGAGACAAUUCUCAACCAACAGCAAGACUGAAGUGACGGUCUAAACUACCAGUUAUAGCCCAGUUCAGUACAGAACAGUAAGUGCUGUGGUCUUCUCUGAAUUAACAGGCUGCAAAUGUGUGUCUGUGAACUUGUAAUCUAAUGUAACUGCUAGAGCCACACUCACUGACUCCCAGUCCCUCCCUCAGCUCUACUACAGCCACACUGCUUCCCUCCCAGUCCCUCUUCAGCUGUAACCACUAGAGCCACACUGCUUCCCUCCCAGUCCCUCUUCAGCUGUAACCACUAGAGCCACUCUGUAAAAUCAGUCUUUAGCUGGCUAUGAUCUUGUCUGGAGAAUUCUAAGUGCCAGGCACUGACACUGUGACUUUUCAAUUAGCCCCACCCACUCUACAUUUAUACAGACAGAGAGAGAGAGAGAGAGAGAGAGAGAGAGAGAGAGAGAGAGAGAGAGAGAGAGAGAGAGAGAGAGAGAGAGAGAGAGAGAGAGAGGGCGAAUUGAAAGAUCACAUGAUCUGAAUGGAAUGAACUCAAUAUUGGAGGAGCAAGAGAACCCAGAACUGCUCAGAAUGAUUGAACCAUCAAAUGCUCUAUAAAGUUCUGAACUAUUUCCUAUUGAGAUGACUGAAAGGAUUGGUUUAUUAACAGUCCAUUAAAUAGAAGUGAAUAUAUAUUUACAACUUAGCAAAAUUAAAUUGAGGCGUGAAAAUGAUGCAAGUCAAGUCGUCCACUUCAUUUGAUUUGAAAUGCGUUCUGCUUUUUUCUGUGUGGUUGAGUCUUGGAUCAAUGUAGAUGUUUGAGUGUUUCAAGUUCCAUUUAGAAAUGAGGCUAGGACAGUGAGCUAAUUCACCAGCCUCUCAUUCCUGCCUUUCACCUUCCUCUGGAGGCCUGGGUUCCAAUCUGGGGGGCUAGGUGGCACAGACAGACAGACAGACAGACAGACAGACAGUGGAUACCACAGCAUUAAACAUCCCAAAAUAAGCAAACACCAGUCUCUGCUUGUAUUACGAGACAAUCGGGAUCUGAGAGCCAGCGAAUACAGAAGGGGUGACAUCCUGGCCUCGGUUCUCUGGCUUGGUUUUUGGUGAAUGCCAGGCAGUGCUGUGUGGCCUCUCCUGUGUAAUAUAUUUGCUAUGGCAGGGGGUGGCAGCAGCAUUAGGUUGUCGAGGGCGCUGUGCGCAUAUUGGCCAGCCGGACCCGGGCACAGCUUAGUGCCGCCUUGCUGUGCUUCUCCGAGGACAUUGAAUGAAAUUCACUAAUCAGUGCGACUCGUCAAGCUGUCUGUGGAACGAAUCUAAAUGAACAGCCUGCUGUCACUGAAAUAACGUCUGUGAGCUUGUAAUGGAAUACUGUAACCACCAGACCACACUGCUUACCUCCCUCCCUCCCAGUCCCUCCUCAGCUCCACUAGAGCCACACUGCUUCCCUCCCUCCUCAGCUCCACUAGAGCCACACUGCUUCCCUUCCUCCCAGUCCCUCCUCAGCUCCACUAGAGCCACACUGCUUCCCUCCCUCCUCAGCUCCACUAGAGCCACACUGCUUCCCUCCCUCCCUCCCAGUCCCUCCUCAGCUCCACUAGAGCCACAUUGCUUCCCUCCCAGUCCCUCCUCAGCUCCACUAGAGCCACACUGCUUCACUCCGUCCCUCUGCAAUAGCAAUUUCAGCAGUUAAUUUCGCUCUUGUGUUUUGCUUAGUGUAGAAAGGCACUGCGGGCUACAUGCAUUGCUUCAUCUGUCUUUGUAGAUAAAGCUUGGCACUUUUGGUUCAAGCGAUUGUCGUGGCAACCACUGUAAAUAUCCCCCCCCCACCCCCCCCACCCCCCCCACCACCACGAGUCGAGAACAAUCAGCGACUGACAAUCCUGCCAUUGUGAGGUACUGUAUGUUUUGCGAUGUGAAUUACACUCAGCUCCACUAUCUGUCUGUGCCACCUAGCCCCCCAGAUUGGAACCCAGGCUUCCAGAGGGAGAGGAAA